AUGUAUAUUCAAUCAUUUCCAAUUGGUAUUGGAAACAAUGAAUUUCCACUAUCAAUAAAACAGAGUAAAACGUUAUUCAUUGGCGUUAGCAUUUGGUACGAAUCAAUCGUAUAUGAUUCGUUAUGUUUACAAGAAUAUGAAGUACAAUUAAAAACAUCAUCAAUACAAAUGUACUAUGAUGAAUUUGAUAGAUUUGAUAUGAAUAACGAAGAAAUACAUUUAAAUCGAACAUGGGAAUCAGACAAUGGAAUAUCAUAUAAUUCAUCAAUUGAUCAAGUAUCGAUGCAAAUCUUAAAUCCGAAUACAGGACAUAUCUCAACAUCAAUGGAUAUUAUGAAUUCAUCACCACAUAUGAAAAUACAAAAUAUAAAUUCUCAUCAUCAGAUAUUAGAUCCAUCAGAUUCUAUAAAUCCAAAUGGAAUGAUUCUUUCAAAUCCUGGUGGUCUAUCAUAUGCAUCAAAUCGUUUACUAUUUCCACCACUAUCAUCCAAUACAAUGCAACAACAUCUUCAUCAUUUGCCACCUCCACAUUGUACUAAAAUGCAAAAUAUGGACCCAUUACUUGCUCCAUCACCUAAUCAUCAACAACAAUAUAUGGGCCUUUUACCUAUGAUGGACGGUACUGUUGACAUGGGGCCACUACCACAUCAUACUCUCAUACAUUCUUCGAAUCGGCAAUCUCUACAAAAUGACCCUCUAUAUCUUUCAAUAUUGGACGAUGUACGGAACUUUCCAUAA